UGUGUCAUGUAUGCUCUUUGUUUGUGACCUCUUUGACUAUAUCGAACGAUCGAUAUGUUGAAGGAUUUGAAGAAGGAAGGUUGGGUCAUCUUGAGAACGUACGUUGCUUGCUGUUCAAAGUAAUUUCAGCUGUGAAGGUGUUUAGUUGCAAAAUUCUGUGUGAAGCCACAAGAUGCAGAUUUUUGUCAAGACAUUGACAGGGAAAACCAUUACUUUGGAAGUUGAAGCAUCAGAUACAAUUGAAAAUGUCAAAGCGAAGAUUCAAGACAAGGAAGGGAUACCUCCUGAUCAGCAGCGCCUGAUUUUUGCAGGAAAGCAGUUGGAAGAUGGCCGAACUCUUUCAGAUUACAAUAUUCAAAAAGAAUCUACUUUACACUUGGUUCUGCGCUUGCGAGGUGGCAUGCAGAUAUUUGUGAAGACCUUGACUGGCAAGACCAUCACCCUGGAAGUAGAGGCAUCUGACACCAUUGAGAACGUGAAGGCCAAGAUUCAGGAUAAGGAAGGCAUUCCACCAGACCAGCAGAGGCUGAUCUUUGCCGGCAAACAGCUUGAGGAUGGCCGUACGUUGUCCGACUACAACAUCCAGAAAGAGUCCACUCUACACUUGGUUCUGCGCCUGCGAGGUGGUAUGCAGAUAUUUGUGAAGACCUUGACUGGCAAGACCAUCACCCUGGAAGUAGAGGCAUCUGACACCAUUGAGAACGUGAAGGCCAAGAUUCAGGAUAAGGAAGGCAUUCCACCAGACCAGCAGAGGCUGAUCUUUGCCGGAAAACAGCUUGAGGAUGGCCGUACGUUGUCCGACUACAACAUCCAGAAAGAGUCCACUCUACACUUGGUUCUGCGCCUGCGAGGUGGCAUGCAGAUAUUUGUGAAGACCUUGACUGGCAAGACCAUCACCCUGGAAGUAGAGGCAUCUGACACCAUUGAGAACGUGAAGGCCAAGAUUCAGGAUAAGGAAGGCAUUCCACCAGACCAGCAGAGGCUGAUCUUUGCCGGCAAACAGCUUGAGGAUGGCCGUACGUUGUCCGACUACAACAUCCAGAAAGAGUCCACUCUACACUUGGUUCUGCGCCUGCGAGGUGGCAUGCAGAUAUUUGUGAAGACCUUGACUGGCAAGACCAUCACCCUGGAAGUAGAGGCAUCCGACACCAUUGAGAACGUGAAGGCCAAGAUUCAGGAUAAGGAAGGCAUUCCACCAGACCAGCAGAGGCUGAUCUUUGCCGGCAAACAGCUUGAGGAUGGCCGUACGUUGUCAGACUACAACAUCCAGAAAGAGUCCACUCUACACUUGGUUCUGCGCCUGCGAGGUGGCAUGCAGAUAUUUGUGAAGACCUUGACUGGCAAGACCAUCACCCUGGAAGUAGAGGCAUCUGAUACCAUUGAGAACGUGAAGGCCAAGAUUCAGGAUAAGGAAGGCAUUCCACCAGACCAGCAGAGGCUGAUCUUUGCCGGCAAACAGCUUGAGGAUGGCCGUACGUUGUCAGACUACAACAUCCAGAAAGAGUCCACUCUACACUUGGUUCUGCGCCUGCGAGGUGGCAUGCAGAUAUUUGUGAAGACCUUGACUGGCAAGACCAUCACCCUGGAAGUAGAGGCAUCUGACACCAUUGAGAACGUGAAGGCCAAGAUUCAGGAUAAGGAAGGCAUUCCACCAGACCAGCAGAGGCUGAUCUUUGCCGGCAAACAGCUUGAGGAUGGCCGUACGUUGUCCGACUACAACAUCCAGAAAGAGUCCACUCUACACUUGGUUCUGCGCCUGCGAGGUGGCAUGCAGAUAUUUGUGAAGACCUUGACUGGCAAGACCAUCACCCUGGAAGUAGAGGCAUCUGACACCAUUGAGAACGUGAAGGCCAAGAUUCAGGAUAAGGAAGGCAUUCCACCAGACCAGCAGAGGCUGAUCUUUGCCGGCAAACAGCUUGAGGAUGGCCGUACGUUGUCAGACUACAACAUCCAGAAAGAGUCCACUCUACACUUGGUUCUGCGCCUGCGAGGUGGCAUGCAGAUAUUUGUGAAGACCUUGACUGGCAAGACCAUCACCCUGGAAGUAGAGGCAUCCGACACCAUUGAGAACGUGAAGGCCAAGAUUCAGGAUAAGGAAGGCAUUCCACCAGACCAGCAGAGGCUGAUCUUUGCCGGCAAACAGCUUGAGGAUGGCCGUACGUUGUCAGACUACAACAUCCAGAAAGAGUCCACUCUACACUUGGUUCUGCGCCUGCGAGGUGGCAUGCAGAUAUUUGUGAAGACCUUGACUGGCAAGACCAUCACCCUGGAAGUAGAGGCAUCCGACACCAUUGAGAACGUGAAGGCCAAGAUUCAGGAUAAGGAAGGCAUUCCACCAGACCAGCAGAGGCUGAUCUUUGCCGGCAAACAGCUUGAGGAUGGCCGUACGUUGUCCGACUACAACAUCCAGAAAGAAUCCACUCUGCACUUGGUUCUGCGCCUGCGAGGAGGAUUUUGAUCCAUAACACUUUCAACAGAGAUUUAAAAUUUUAGCAUUCCAGCAUUGAAAAGGUUUGCGAAUUUGGUAAAUAUGGGUGUUGCUUAAUAGUUUAUUACAAUAAGCUUUUUACUGUGAGUCAAACUUAAAUAAUUUUUAUUUAUAAAAUGUUUUAAUAUAUUGAGUUUCUGUGUUUCAAAUAAAAAAAAACUUUUUUGUUCGUAUUGUUGUUUUUACAGAUCUUUUUAGUUGCACAAAACCAUUGUGAUUUUUGUGCUAUUAAGUUUUGUACUUGGAAUAAUGUCCACAAGUCUCAUGCUUGAAAGUAUUGGUUUUUGACUUAAAAUAACUUAAGUUAUCAAUUUGUUUGCCUUCAGUAAAAAUAAUUUUGAAUGUAUUGUUUCUAAGUUGUCAUUUUUUUCUUGCAGGCUAGACCUUACAAGACUCCAUUAAUCUUGUUUCAUCCUGAAGUUUCUUUUAAAUCCUAUAUUCAGGUCAAUAUUUAGUGAAUUAAUUACAUACACUAUUAGAAUUAAAUAAACAUCUUGAAGCAGAAA